UGUGAGACUCUGUGAUGGAGAAGCACUUGAAGGUUCGCAGGAAUGAACGCGUGACUGGACAGUCUACCUUGUUGGGACAAGUGAAAGACAAGUACCGUCAUGAAAAUAGGAAUGGUGGUGGCAGAAUGGUCCACGAGGUAGGGGGUAAAACCACUACACGUGGAUGGUUUAAAUAUCCUCAAAAAAGUGUUGGGGUGGGGAGAGCCCGAUAUAACCAUUAAGGAGAGGGACAAUUUGAUGGGUUAAAAGGGAAAAAGUGGGGCUCAAACUAAAGUGUUGAACCAUUCGUUGUGUUACGUUGAAAGUAAGUAGCAGUGGUACACCACAGUGUUCCUCACAACGGUUUUCGCUAUGGCGUGUAUAGGGUCGAGUAGACUGUGCUCACGGGUUGAGAAAUUGUGCCAACAAUCGGUUAAAUUUGUCCACUUCAAGAGGAGAUUUGCCACUGGCUGUGUUAAGUUUCCUCAGGAUAAUCAACCUUCAUUCAAUCAUUUUUUGCAACAGUGUAAACAACAGUCUUCAGCCCGUGGAGACAGGUUGGGAAAAUGUCGAUCAAUGAGUUCAAUGCAGACACAACAACCAGGAUCCCUUCCUGAGCUGCACAUAGACCCUUACCGACUUCUUGAAGACGACCUCAAGGACGUUUACGACGACAUACGACAAGAGCUCGUCAUGAACACGAAUGUUGAAGAGCUGAAGACAAUCGCAACGUACUACUUCGAUGGACAGGGAAAGGCGCUCCGACCGAUGGUUGCUAUACUCAUGGCGCGAGCCAUCAAUUACCACAAGGAAAGAAACGGUCUCUUGGCAAAACAACGACAAGUAGCGAUGAUUGCUGAGAUGAUCCACAGUGCGUCCCUCAUUCAUGACGAUGUAAUAGAUCAGUCAGAUUUCCGUCGAGGAAAACCUUCUGUCAAUGUUCUGUGGAGUCAAAAAAAGGUGGCGAUGACUGGUGAUUAUAUUCUUGCAGUGGCCUCGAUGAUGAUAGCACGAUUGAGGAGCGACGAUGUCACAUUAACCCUCAGCCAGGUUGUUACGGAUUUAGUGCAAGGUGAAUUUAUGCAGUUGGGAUCAAAGGAAACUGAGAAUGAGAGAUUUGCCCAUUACCUCACCAAGACCUACAGGAAAACUGCCAGUCUUAUUGCUAAUUCUGCCAAAGCCGCGGCAAUGCUGGGAGGUGCAGACGAAAGAUUAGCAGAAGUUGCUUUUCAGUACGGCAGGAACAUUGGGCUAGCAUUUCAGCUGGUCGAUGAUCUCCUUGACUUCGUGUCCUCCUCAUCAGCGAUGGGAAAGCCCACAGCAGCUGACCUCAAACUCGGUCUUGCCACUGCACCAGUUCUCUUCGCAUGUGAAAGAUAUCCCGAGCUGAACCCAAUGAUUAUGCGUCGUUUCCAAGAGCCUGGUGAUGUUGAAAAAGCAUUUGAACUGGUUCACGAGUCGCAAGGUCUUGAUCAAACGAGAUUCUUAGCGAAGAAACACUGUAUCGAGGCUGUUCGUCUUGCUCAAUCACUUGCAGAGAGUCCAUACUCGAAGGGACUCGUCGUCGUCAGUGACCUGGUACUCAAUCGCAUGAAAUAGUCCAUCACUCCUUUUUUAUAUCGACAUAAACUAGAUAACAAUGCCUGAAAUGAAUGCGUGAUUUCACUGAGCAAAUGUUAUUUUUUAAUAUUUUUUUCCUUGUGAAUGACUGAAGUGAGCAGAUGGAAUCAAUAAUUCUGUGGUGAAGUGGCAAAACGUAACAAAUAAGAAUUCGCACUUUUAUUAAUCUUCUUCGAUUAAAGUCCUCUAUAAUUACUCUUUAUCGAGAUCAUUUGUGUUUUAGCACAAGAUGGCUAAUUCUUUUGCUGUUACGUAUCAACGUUUCACCAGUGAAUUGAGUUCUUUAGUCUAAAUAUUUUCUGUUUGUGUUCAUAGCAGAGGAAGAAGUGAAUUUGAUAUUACCCAGACAUCGGGUAUUUUGUAGAAUUAUGUUUUAACCCAGCCAAUGAAUUACUUAGAAACCGGUAUCUACAGCUGGUGGUUCGUCGUUCAAGACGGAUAACGAUUAAAUCGGUGUCGAAAUGUUUCUUGCACCGUUAUCACAUGAAAUGCUCUUACCUAGCGAAUUUUUUUCAGUCAAUUUUAGGUAUUCUCGGAUAAAUUAUGCUGCGAAAUCAUUAAGCGAGGUGAAUUAAUUUCCCCAUUAACUCACUCUUUCAGAUUUAGUAAUUAACAAGAAUUAUGUAAUUUGGAGUGGAAGAGAAAGGAUUCAAUAAAUGAGAUCAAUCUCAUACUGAUGCAUUGAAAAAUACCAGGGAAUGUCUUCUUUAGUUGAAAGACGAAAAAAAUUCUGAGGGAGAAUUAAACACGGGACUAGGGGAAAAAAUGCAAAUACAUUUUCAAAGAAUAUUGUGGAAGAGAUCAUUGACCUCAAUGAUAGUCUCACUAGAAAUCUCAGAGUUGGACUCGCGAGAAAGCAGCGCUUUGUAAAUAAAAUAAUAAGUAAUUGAAAACUGAUAGCUUCCACAAAAUUCCUCAAGGCGAUUAUUAGGUAAAUAUUGAUAUUCCGUGGGAUAUUAUAGGAGCAGAGUAUAGAGUCUUCCUUAUUUGGACUUAAUCUGAAGAUGUAAAACCUUGUGUCAUUCAAUUGUGAAGCAGUACAAUCCCAGCGAAUUCGUAUUUCAGCCAUAUUUCAUUUCAAGAUUAGACUCCUGAAAAUACCUGAAAUGUUGUUGAAAGAAUACUUACCACAAAAAAUUCUCUCAUUUUCCUUUAAUACCAUGAUAUUUUCGAGGAAUUCAUCACGAAAUAAAAAAACCCCAAUUUGCUAAUUUUCUAAAGAAAUAUAUUGUUAAUUGAAAGGUGCAGCAUAUUUUUUGGCAACGGGAAAAUCAAGUGAAUAGAGUUUGAUGAAAGUAAUUCAAUACUAAUUUGAUUAGUGAAAUAGAACAACUUAUAUUUUAAUAAGUUUAUUAAAUACACUGCUCAAAUUGUUAAUCGUUCUAGAUAUAGGAUAAUGCAGUAAAUAAUGUAAUAACUUAUAUUCAUGACACAAAUUAAUGUAUAUAUAUCGAUUAUCUAUAGUUUCUCACAACUUGGAAUUUUAUAUUUAUAAGAGAGAAGUUAUUGAUGAAGAGCGAUCAAAAAGACCAUUGUAUUUGGAAUCGAAUGUUAAUGUUUAAUGACGAAAUGUGGGAGUUGAUGGAUUUUUGAGGGAGGGGAAUGUCAUAUAUUGUUGUUAUCACGUCGUGGGAUACUGGGGCGUCGAUUGCAUAUAAUUUUCUUCUGUAAAUAAUGGUUUAGGCAGUCCCAAAAGGCCACUACCCUUUCCUUGGUGUGGGUCUAGUUAGAUUUUCAUAAUUAUUUCGAUUAUACAAUUCUUUUUCUUUGUCUUGUGUUGGGGAUAAACUAAAUCCAUGUUG